UCAGACUGUGUGCCUGUGCUGAGGGAUUGAGCAAGAGCAGAGGACAAGGGCAUGGGAACUGUGAGUCUACUGGAAGGACGUUAGCGGCGAGGGACAAAUCUUUGGGAGUCGGUGAUGAGAAAGUGAGGGGCUCGAGAAGGAAUGAGAGAGGAUUAACCGGGUGUGAGCGAAAUGGAUCGAGAGAGAGAGAGAGAGAAUAUGGAAUUAGCUGAAACAGAGAGAAAGAGGGAGGGAGAAUCUGUACAUUGGCAAUCUUUCUGAUUUCGCUGGAUGGGUGAACCUUGGAGAUGAAGCUGAAGGGCUUUUGGCACUCCCUCUGCUCGUGUGCAGUAGCAGAGAGAGAACAGUGCAGGAUGAUCCUCUGGGAUGCGCUGGUGUUUGUAACUGACCAGAUUGCCGCAGUCCUCGGAAGCCAGAUUGUGCGAGGUUAUUACCACCUAUGGCUGGCUGCGUUGGUCGUCUUCGGGCCUCUGCUCCAGUUUUACAUCAGCCCCAGGGUCAUCUUCGCCAAUAAAAGGAACUACUUCCAUGUGCGGCUGGUGGAGUGCUGCUGGUCUUGGACGGUGUUGUUGGCGGGAGGAUAUGUGUUGCUGCUGAGCUCGGGGCCUUCAGGCAACCCGCUGCCGGCCCUGAAGCCCCUCAGUCGCCUGGCGGUGGGGGCCGGUGUCCGGCUACUGUGUGCCCGGGCCUUCUCCUGGAUCGAGGAGGUAACUGGAUCGUGCUUCGAGUCUGCAGCCCGGGGCCUGCUGCUGUUGGUGGAGGAGGAGGAGGCAGGAGGUGAGGCUGGAGCUUGGGCCUGGGCCAGAGCCGCAGGCUGGGGCCUAGCGGGUCGCCGUGCAGCCUGCCUCCUGGAGCCGGGCCGCCUGUGGCUGGGCUAUGAGCUGUCUGGGGACACCUUCGUGCUCUGCUUCGCCUCACUGGUACUAGCCGAGGAGCUGUCAGCCUUCCGAAAUUACAUGGGCGCUGGGCGUACGGCCUGUGGGCCCCUCCGGCUGCUCUUCCUUCUCACUGCCACAUUUCUGCUGCUCUGGAAUGGCCUGCUGCUCCUCUCUGUGACCUUCUUCCACCGAUACUCCCAGAAAUUAGCCGCUGCUGCCCUCGCCCAGCUCGCCUGGCACCUCACCUAUCGCCGCUGGUACCGGUGCUCCUGGUCCCCAGGCUGCCCUGGACAAGGCCUCACCUGCACCAGGACUGGCCCAUACCCCGGGCCUGGGCGCUGUGUGUGCGGGGCAACCCGCAGAUGGAGCUAUACCUGGGACCCAGCCUCUGAUACCCUCCUGUACCGGGAGUGAGGGCCUGGGCUUCCCCUUUCACCCAGAGCCCAGGUCAAACAGACAUCAGGUCAGGGUCAGGUAUCAAACCCUAACCCAUCACAACACGCACCCUCCGACAGUGCAGUACUCCUUCAGUACUGACCCUCCAACAGUGCGAAGCUCCGACA